AUGGAGCCGCCGGAGCCAGAGGAGGAAGCUGGUGGUGGUGGUUCUAAUAGCAGCGGCGGAGGCGGAGGCGGAGGCGGAGCAAGAGAAGUUGAGAGGGAACAUAUGUUUGACAAAGUGGUGACUCCAAGUGAUGUAGGGAAAUUAAACCGUCUUGUAAUUCCAAAGCAACAUGCUGAGAGAUUUUUCCCUUUAGAUUCAUCAACAAACGACAAGGGUUUACUGUUAAACUUCGAAGAUCGUAACGGCAAAUCAUGGCGAUUCCGUUACUCUUACUGGAACAGCAGCCAAAGCUACGUUAUGACGAAAGGUUGGAGUCGAUUCGUCAAAGAGAAACGUCUCGACGCCGGCGAUAUCGUCUCGUUUCAACGUGGGGUUGGUGAAAUUGGAAGAGAUCGUCUUUACAUUGACUGGCGUCGCCGUCCUGAACUCCCCAUCCACCACCACCAUCAUCACUACCCCACCACCACCCUCCGACCGAGUAUCGUCGUCCCGGGCGGCAGCGGUGGUGCUACCUCUUGGGGGCCAUUAGUCUGGCAGCCCCUCGGCACAACAACAGCUGGAUACCAUCAUCAUCCAGCUGCCGUAGUGCCGCGGGACCACACACAUUUGUCCCGAAUAAACAACAACAAUAACAACAACGGGAAUGGGAAUGGUAUGUGUUGUCCCUAUGGAUAUGGGAGUGUUGAAACAACAACUUCUGGGUUGGUGUAUUUGAGGACAGAAUUAGGAGGAAGAUCAAGAAGAGUAGCUCCAAGAUUAGGGGAAGAGGAAUUGGAGUUGGAAAUGGAUCGAGGGAAUAAUAGUUAUCAGAUGCAGCAGGAGUACUGUAGUAAUGGUGGGGGUGCUUCAAUGGUGGUCCUUCAAGGAAAUUUGCAAAGUGAUCAUUACCAAAGUUUAGAUAAUGGAUCUGGUGAGUUUAAAUCUUUUAACUACUAA